AUGGCCUCCAUGAAAGAAAUAGCGGCUUUUGUAGGUAAUUUACAAUGCUUAAAAUAUGCACAUGAAAAUGGAUGUCCAUGGAAUGAACAUACAACUAUUCAAGCUGCCGCAAGAGGUAAUUUAAACAUUUUAAAAUAUUUACAUAAAAAUAAAUGUCCAUGGAAUGAACGUACAACAAAAGCAGCUGUGAAAUAUGGCAGUUUAGAAUGCUUAAAAUAUGCUUAUAUAAAUGGCUGUAAAUGGAAUCAAUUCGAUGUCGUAAGAAGUGCUAUUUUAAGGGGCAAUCUAGAAAUUUUAAAAUUUGUUCAUGAAAAUGGAUGUAUGUUUGGUGAAGGCUCAACUCAAGCUGCUGCUGCAAGUGGUUAUAUUGAUUGUUUAAAAUAUUUACAUAAAAAUGGUUGCCAAUGGGAUGAAGGUACAACGAAAGCUGCUGCAACAAGUGGUUGUAUUGACUGUUUAAAAUAUGUACAUAAAAAUGGUUGCCAAUGGGAUGAAGGCACAACUCAAGCUGCUGCAGCAAGUGGUUGUAUCGAAUGUUUAAUGUAUGCCCACGAAAAUGGAUGUAUUUGGGAUGUGGGUACGACUAGAGCUGCUGCAACAAGUGGUUGUAUCAAAUGUUUAAUGUACGCCCACGAAAAUGGAUGUAUUUGGGAUGUGGGUACGACUAGAGCUGCUGCAGAAAGUGGUUGUACCGAAUGUUUAAUGUACGCCCACAAAAAUGGAUGUAUUUGGGAUGUGGGUACGACUAGAGCUGCUGCAUCUAGUGGUUGUUUAGACUGCUUGAUAUAUGCUCAUACAAAGAAAUGUAAUUGGGAUGAUGAUACAAUAGUUACAGCAGCUGUUCAUGGUAAUUUAGAUUGCCUAAUGUAUGCCCGUAAACAUGGAUGUGAUUGGGUUGAAGGGAUUAUGAGAGGGGCGGCAGCAAAUGGACAUUUACAUUGCUUAAUAUAUGCCUAUGAAAAUGGGUGUCCGUGGGACGAAGGCACAAUAAGGGAAGCUGUAGCGUGUAAUAAUUCUUUUUGUUUGAUAUUUGCACAUGAAAAUGGAUGUAAUUGGGAUGAAGGAACAAAGAGUGCAGCUGCUGCGAAUGGCUAUUUAUACUGCCUAAUAUAUGCCCAUGAAAAUGGAUGUCUGUGGGACGAAGGCACAACAAGACUUGCUGCUGAAAAUGGUCAAUUUCGUAGCUUAAAAUAUGCUCAUGAAAAUAAUUGUCCAUGGAGUAGUGGUACUAUUUAUGAAGCUACUCUAAAGGGCUAUACUAAUAUAAUCAACUAUGCUACUAAAAAUGGCUGUUCUAAUUAA